CAGAAAAGCUGGGCCUCAAGCCUUCCAUCUCCAGACACUCUUCUCUCUCUCUCUCUCUCUCUCUCUCUCUCUCUCUCUCUCUCUCUCUCCCCCCAUCUCUCUGGCUCUCUGCAAUAGUAGUGGUAAAUAACUGACACACAUCACGUGAUCUCUCUCUCUUUCUCUCUCUCUCUAGUUCUCUUCAAUGCUGCUUUCAUUUCUCUAAAUCCACGCCCCUUUCUUUCUCUCUCUUUCUUCAUCACGGUUCCUCUCGUCUCUGUUUUCUUCCGUUUGUUCUCUUUCACCUCAGUAUUGAUUCUUUGCUUUAGCAGAUCUGCCUCUGCUCUGCAGAGGCGUGGCCUAAGGAAAUGGGUGUAAUUUCCAGGAAGUUAUUUCCUGCUUGUGAGAGCAUGUGCGUUUGCUGCCCUGCAUUGAGGUCCAGAUCUCGACAACCCGUCAAGCGGUAUAAAAAACUGCUUGCAGAGAUAUUCCCCAAGUCUGAUGGAGUUCCAAAUGAAAGAAAAAUUAUCAAGUUGUGUGAAUAUGCUGCUAAAAACCCAUUUCGGAUCCCAAAGAUUGCAAAAUAUCUUGAAGAAAGAUGCUACAAGGAACUUCGAAGUGAGCACAUCAAAUUCAUUAAUAUUGUCACAGAGACUUAUAACAAGUUGCUUUGUAUGUGUAAGGAGCAGAUCGCAUACUUUGCUAUUAGUUUGUUGAGUGUGGUCAGUGAAUUGUUGGACAAACCUAAGCAAGAUGCUUUGCUUAUACUUGGAUGCCAGACCUUAACAAGUUUCAUCUAUAGUCAGACAGAUGGAACUUACACACAUAACAUAGAAAAAUUUGUUCACCAAGUAUGCAAUCUGGCACGUGUGCAUGGGGAUGAACAUCAUACGAGCUGCUUGAGAGCUUCUAGCCUGCAGUGCCUUUCAGCAAUGGUGUGGUUUAUGGCGAAGUUCUUAUAUAUUUUCUCCGCUUUUGAUGAGAUUGUACAAGUCACCUUAGAUAACUAUGGACCAGAUAUGCAUGAUGAUGCAAGAGGGGAGACGCAUCAUAAUUGGGUUGAUGAAGUAGUAAGAUCUGAAGGCAGAGGUGCAGUUGGCAGUUGUGAUACUAGCUCUAGCUGUAUGAUCAUCAGACCACGUCCUGAAAGGAAAGAACCUUCUCUUUUGACUAGGGAAGAGAUUGAGACACCUAAAGUUUGGGCUCAAAUUUGUAUUCAAAGGAUGGUUGAACUGGCUAAAGAGAGUACAACAAUGCGUCAAGUAUUGGAUCCAAUGUUUGUUUACUUCGACUCUGGACGGCACUGGGUUCCUCUGCAGGGCUUGUCCAUAACUGUUUUGUCCGAUAUGUGUUACUUGUUGGAGAGUUCAGGGCAUCAGCAGUUGGUAUUAGCUGCUGUUAUACGUCAUCUGGACCACAAAAAUGUUGUGCAUGAUCCACAACUCAAAUCUUAUGUCAUACAAGUUGCUGCACUUUUAGCUAGGCAAAUUAGAUCAGAAGUAGAGCUGGCUGAAAUUGGAUUUGUCAGUGACCUGUGCAGGCAUUUGCGAAAAAGUCUUCAGGCCACAGUUGAAUCUGUUGGAGAGCAAGAGUCAAACUUGAAUGUCUUGCUUCAGAAAUCCAUUGAAGAUUGCUUGCUUGAAAUUGCUAAAGCGAUUAGGGAUGCACAACCACUUUUUGACAUGAUGGCCAUAACAUUGGAGAAUCUGCCAUCUUCUGGAGUUGUUGCCCAUGCAACUGUUGGAUCCUUGAUUGUUCUUGCUCAUAUGAUCUCAUUAUCAUCUGUAUCUUCUAGUUCACAGCAGGGUUUUCCAGAAGCACUUCUAGUCCAACUUUUGAAGGUAAUGCUGCAUCCAGACGUUGGAGUGCGAGUUGGAGCGCACCAGAUAUUUUCAAUGCUUCUCAUUCCAAGCUCUAAUCAUUCACGCCAUGGAGUUGUGUCUUUGCAUUCUGGUUAUAUUUGUGAACCAAGGAGAUGGCGUUCCAAUGCUGCAUCUACUUUUUCUUCAAUUUCGGAGUUGCUUGAAAAGCUUCGAAGAGAGAAGGAUGGUGCCAGAAUGGAAAAGCAUAAAAGUUACAGUCCUGAUGAUUACCGAGAAAGAGAUAUUACAGAAGAAGACUGGAAACAGGGGCGACCCCGAAAAAAUUCCCCCAAUUUUUAUAAAAUAAGUUCUAUUAUUGACAGAACCUCUGGGACAACAAGCUUGAUAGAGGUGGAGCCUUAUGUCAUGACACUUAGUGAGGAUCAAAUAGCACAAUUGCUCUCUGCUUUCUGGCUACAAGCCAAUCUUCCGGAUAACUUGCCCUCUAAUUUUGAAGCCAUGGCUCAUUCUUACAUGUUGACACUUAUUUCUUCACGACUGAAGAGCUCGAGUGAUGGCCUCAUGGUCCGCUUCUUUCAGCUUUCCCUAUCUCUCAGAAAUUUGUCCUUGGACCCUAACAAUGGCAUAGGGAUGUUACGUCCAGCAUGCCGGAGAUCUAUUCUCGUAUUAUCAACGGGCAUGUUGAUGUUUUCUGCUAAAAUAUAUCAAUUUACCGAAUUGGACAAUUUAGUCAAAUUGGUACUCCCAUAUGAUGUUGAUCCUUACCUUGGUAUUAGUGAUGACCUUCAAGUACAUGCAAAGCCUCAGGCGGAUGUAAGAGAUUAUGGAUCUGCCAGUGAUAAUCAGCUAGCCUCGUCAUUACUCCUUGAAAUGAAGAACAAAGCAUUUGAAUCUGACAAGGUCAUAAUGGACACCUUAAUACAGAAUAUAUCAAAUGCUACGGAGUUAGAGGUGGAUUACUUGGCGGGACAAUUGUCAGAACCAUUCACGCCUGAUGAUGCAUUUGUCUUCGGUCCUCGAUCAUUACUUGAUCUGGAUCACAACCCAAUGGUUUCCCAUUCGAAGGAAUCACUCUCCUUUGAUGAGGAUAUGCCAACAAGCUCAUUGAUUGAGGAUGACGCAACAAGUGAAGCAUCAGUUGCGGACAUGUCUCGCUUCAUUCCCAAAAUUCCCUCAUCCCCUUCUGUUUCCCACAUUAUUAGCAUUGGGAAGCUUUUGGAAUCGGCACUUGAGGUAGCUGGUCAAGUGGCAGGAACAUCCAUCUCUACAUCACCUCUCCCAUAUGACACCAUGGCUAAACAGUGCGAAGAUCUUGGCAAAGGCACAAGGAAGAAGCUCUCCAAUUGGUUAGCCCAGGAAACUCAGUACGCUAGAGGAGCUGACAAAUUUUUACCAGCAAUUCCUGCAAGCGGAUGUCCUGCCGUAGAGCAGGUAAUGUGUAAUAUGCAAGGAGCUGUUAAGCCAAUGGACCCAUGUCUGGCGAUGAGGUUGCCCCCUGCUAGUCCUUUUGACAACUUUCUCAAAGCAGCUGGAUGUUGAAAGAAGAUGAGCAACAUACAUGUGUUCUCUCAUCAAUGUUGUAAAGGGUUUGAGGUAGUAACUAGAAUUUGUAGGCCACUUAUUGUUUUGAACAUAACAGUGAUUUGAAAACCUCCCAUGCAACAGUUAAAUAUUUGAUUGACCCAGUGUAUGAAACAUGUUGAUCUUUCAGUUGA